CGUACAUGUUUGUUUGGCAAAACCUUUGGAUCCAAACAAACGCCCAGUCACUAAUUUGGGCUGACAUCAACUUUGAAAGUGAGCAAGCUUUUACGGAUAACUAGGCUGGACACCAUCAUGGCCACUACAUCUCCCUUCACUGGGUAUCGUCAGGUGGACUCUUUCGGUCCUGACGAAGAUUAUGUAUCAGAAGACGAUGUUUUCUAUGUCAUGCUCGACCUCGGUACCGUUGAGCCAACCCUACUUCCCAGCAGCUCAACCUAUAGGCUUGUAGGCUUAGAUACGCCUACACCAUUUCUACAGCUUUCUGGCUCUUUCUUCAGAGGUCAGCAUGAUACGCUCCUUGGGUCUGAGCUUUUGUUCACGGAGGGUAAAAAUGAUUCGGAAAGAAAUACGAGAUCUUUAACACAUGUUGGCAUCACCGAGCGACGUAUCCGAUUCAAGGAGGUACAGCUACGGGAGAAGUCGCGUGAACGAUUGGACGAAGAUAAAAGUGCCCCCUCUGCAAACGCUCCUAAUAGUGUUGCGCCAGCGGGAGGUGCUGGGUACACACUUGGGCGCAUGAUUGGCAGUAUCGCCGAUCCCCCACCUAGACCACGCAAAAAACGACAUAACAAGGGGAAAGAGAAGAAUACACCCCCCCAAGAAGAGGGGAAGGAUGAUGCUAUGGAUAUUAUUUAAUGUCGCCAUUAAGGUGAUUUGCUUUUGACUGGGUUCUGCGUCGGGGAGUAUGGAGGUCGUGCUUGCCCUGCUCCACUUUAGCGAUCCAGGCUGCCUUAAUCGAUUUUUAUGCAAGCAGGCUUAAUUGAUGUGUUGUCACUGG